AUGGAGCACCUCGGGGCUCACCACCUGCACCAAGGGCAAGCCGAGCCCAUCAGCUUCGGCAUCGACCAGAUCCUCAACACGUCGGAGCCGGGCAGCUGCAUGGUGUCGCACCCGCGGCUGCAGGACUCGGCGGACUACGGGCUGGGCUGCAUCGUGGGCAGCGCCUACAACACGGUCACGGGGGGCUACGGGGCGAGCGGCGGCGCGGCCGGCGCCUACACCGGCACCUCCUGCAGCAUGGGCGGCCUGCCCGGCUCCUACAACGUGAACAUGGCGGUGAGCAUGAACGGCAACACCUUGAGCUCGGCCGGCGGGGUGAUCCGCGUCCCGGCCCAUCGCCCCGUGGCCGGCGGCGUCCACCAGCCUCUCUCCGCCGCCGUGCCGGCGGUGAACGGCAUGAACAGCCUGACGGGGCUCACCUUCCCCUGGAUGGAGAGCAACAGGCGGUACACAAAAGACAGGUUCACAGGUCACCCCUACCAGAACCGCACGCCCCCCAAGAAGAAGAAGCCGCGCACCUCCUUCACCCGCCUGCAGAUCUGCGAGCUGGAGAAGCGCUUCCACCGGCAGAAAUACCUGGCCUCGGCCGAGCGCGCUGCCCUGGCCAAGGCGCUCAAGAUGACGGACGCCCAGGUGAAGACCUGGUUCCAGAACCGGCGCACCAAGUGGAGGAGGCAGACGGCGGAGGAGCGGGAGGCCGAGCGGCAGCAAGCAAACCGCAUCCUCAUGCAGCUGCAGCAGGAAGCCUUCCAAAAAACCAUCAACCAGCCCAUCCAAGCCGACCCCAUUUGUGUCCACAACUCCUCUCUCUUUGCCCUUCAGAACCUCCAGCCUUGGUCUGACGACUCCACCAAGAUCACCAGUGUCACCACUGUCGCCUCUGCUUGUGAAUAAUCUGGCACCCACCGGUGGCACCUACACCUUCUACUGGGGGGCUGCCCCCAGGGGGACACGAGGCAUCCUUGGUAGGACAUGUAGCAACUCUGUUUCUCCCUGAGGAGGGCUGGAACCCCCCAAUCCUCUGGCCACGUGCAUCCUAUGCAUCCAGCUGGGGAAGCCCUCCACAAGGAACACAAAGAAGGAAAGUCACCCCAAAAACUCUCCCUAACCAUGGAGUUGCUGGAGCAGCAAUGCUGUCUCACCUCCCCCCAACCCCUUUGUUCUCUUGAAAGUCUCCAGUGUCGACCCUGAACUUGCUGACGUGCUGCCAGACAAAAGCCCAGCCCUGACAGACACAGCCGCUGGUGAUCAUCCAGCAGGGGAGAGGAAAACUUCCUUAGGAUUCUACUGGUGGCAGUGCAAAAUCUAUGUGCACCCAUAUAUAUAUAUAUGUAUAUCUAUAUAUAGAUUUAUAUAGGUAUAUGUUUGAACUGUUGGCUUGAAAGAAAAGGAGAAGGCUCCCUGGGAAGCACGUCUCUGCUGUGAGCCUUCUUGGGCUGUCCGCACCGGAGACAUCGGGGAUGCAACAAAUGGAGGAAACAGCAGCAAUUUCUGCUUGUGCCAGAUGGGAACCCUUCAGAUCUCACCUCGCUGUCUCUCCUCCCCUUUUUCAUUAAUUUUUUCUUGCGAGGGGGAAACAAGAGAAGGAUCUGACAGACUCCUGAGGACGGUAAAUAUGAUAUCUCAAUUGUAGGAAGAGCCCAAACAGUCCCUGGCUGCCACGGACUCUGUGCCCAUCAGCGAGUAUUUUAAUAAUGAGAAGACCUGGGUGGCAGUUUGUGGGGGUAAUGCAGUUUCUUUCCAUGGAAUAUUUCCAUAUAAUUUGCAAAAUGUUGUCCAAUGUUUUAUUUUAUCGGUUUCCCGUUAGAAGGCAGUUCCUGACAACAAAAAAUCGAUUUCACUCUCAGCUGUUUUUAACUUAGUUGUUCUUUUAAUUGUACCAAGAGAAUGAGACAAAAUUAAACAAAGCACUUCUAGCAAAUGCCAGGAAUAUAUAGCUAUAUAUAUAUAAACAGUAUAUAUUUUUCAGUUACUUAUAAUCUAAAACAGCACUGCCAGUUUAAGCAGUUAGUACAAACAAGGAACCAGAAGACCUAUUUUCAGUGAGAUUUUUAAAGGCAUUCGUUUGUUUGCUUUUUUUUUGUUGUUUUGGUUUUUUUAAGUUAUGCACUUACAAGGUGUUUUAUGUGUAUUCAUUUUAUAAAGUGCUUGUGUAAUUUAUGUGGAAAUGAAAAAGAAAAUAAAAAAAUCUCCAGGGUACUGAAUAAAUCAUUUAAAGCCUUGCUGUUCCCUGUCUAUUAGUUCCCCAAGAGGAGACAGCAUAUCACAACUACUGCUGAAGCCUGUGCUAUUAUUUUAAAAAUAAAAAUAGAAUUAUCAUUUC